AUGAAAUUUCUCAAAUUAGACCUAAAAAAAUGGAAUUUGGAGGUUUUUGGUCACUUGGAGGAUCAAAAGGCGAAAGUUGUUUAUGCAUUGAAGGUGUUGGAUGAGAGGAAAGGUGCUGGGGUGUUGUCUGCAGCAGAUAUGUCUAUCCGGGAGGAGGUUCGUAAGGAGUUUGGCCAUCUUGCUCGCAUGGAGGAGAUCAGUUUUCGUCAGAAGUCUAGAUGCUUGUGGUUAAAGGAUGGGGAUCGAAAUACAGAGUUUUUCCACCGUAUGGCAAAUGCUCAUCGUCGGGUCAAUCAAAUAGGGCGAAUUCGAGUGAAUGGGGUGGAAUAUUCAACUUUCGAGGGUGUCAAGGACAGUAUUGUGGGUUAUUAUAAACAUUUGUUUCGGAAUGUAGGAGAAUGGUGGAGGCCGGGUCUGGAUUGGGUAAUUUUUGAUGUCAUUUCGGAGGUAGACUGUACGUCAUUGGAGAGGCCAUUUUCUGAAGAGGAAGUGUUUACGGCAUUGCAUAGUAUGUCUGGAGAUAAGGCUCCUGGUCCAGAUGAGUUUACUAUUUCCGUUUUCCAACACUGUUGGGGGGUGGUUAAGACAGAGGUGAUGGCUAUGUUCGAUCAGUUUCAUCAAACAGGUGAAUUUGAGAAGAGCCUUAAUGCUACAUUUCUUGCUCUGAUUCCAAAAAAGGGUGGGGCAGAGGAUAUUUGA